GACCUCAGCGAGGAUUUACACAAGCUCCUCUGGACCCAGGCCGCUACGCAUGCCCAUGGUGACACGCUGGCUGGAGGCGCAGACAUGGUCACUAUCCGCAUUGAACAAAGGAGGUUCCUCGCAAACGGCGACUUCAGCGACUGGGCCCUCAACAACACCAUCAUCAGCGGAGGACAGUGUACCAGAGACCGACUCCACAACGCGGGCUAUCAUAUCGACAGGAACUGCGACCGAUGCAGCGCUGGAGUUCCUGAAACCUUGGUUCACCGAAUGUGGCAGUGCGAGGCGAAUGUGGGACCUGAGUUUGAGGCCAGUGACAAGCUACUGCCGCGCGCCGUGGCGGGGGUCGAUGCCGACCCCGCCCUGUGGCUCCGUGGCAUUCCCUCUGUCGCUCUCACCACGCCCACGUUCGAGCCAUUGAUUGGGAGGGACGGGUGGGAGUUUGUUGGGGCGGCCCUGUGGGAGCAAGCGGCGAGCCACUGGUGCGGCGAAGGCUUGCAGCUUGGCGCUGACCUCGGGUCCCUGCAGGGCCUGUUGAAGGUGCUUGCCUCGUUUCCCCGCGGGAAGCGGCUCGCCGAGCUCAUGGUAACCAUCGCCGCCGGUGGAACGUGGCCGCGGCAGCGCCGCCUCGAAACCUUCGGCGACGUGGAUGGCGAUGGGGGCUUGUGUCCACGCUGCGGCCACUGCGUGGAGACGCCCUUUCAUCGGCAUUGGGAGUGCUCGCAGAACACUGGCUGCCCGGCCUACCCUCGCAGUGACCAUCUCCUGCCUCGCGCACGUGCGGAGGCCGAUGCAGCUGCAUGUUUUUGGCUCCGGGGCGUCAUCCCCGCCGCGUGGACAGCGGUGCCAGGCCCCGCGGACGUAGAGGACUGGACCACCAUCGGCGGCGGCUUUGACGGCGAGCCCCUUCUUGGGCGCGGCACCGUCAGCGCGCCCUUGGCUCUGUUCGGCGACGCCAGCGGCGGCCCUGAGUCGAAGGACCCCCGCCUCCGGCGCGUCGGCGUCAGCGUCUGCCGACUGCGAGGCGGAGCCGUGGAGAUCGCGGGCGCCGCCUUCGGCCACUGGUGGAGCCGCGGCAGUGACGUCAUCUUCUUCACCGACAACCUCGCGGUUUGCGAGGGCUGGUGGCAGAGGGUCGAUCAGGCCCCGUCUGGGCCAGACGCCGACUUGUGGCACGCGCUGGGGGCCGCCGUCGCCCGUCAGGCGCGGGCGACCGUGACGGUAGAGCACGUCAAUUCCCACCUCACGGUCGAGGAGGCGGACGCCCGCGGCAUCCCCGGAGCCGUGUUGCGGGGCAAUGCGGUGGCGGACGUGCUCGCGGAUACCGCUGCCGCCGAGUGCCGCGUCGGCGCCGCCGACCGUCCGCGCGUGGCCAGCGUGGAGGUUCUGGCAGGACAAGUGCGCUGGCGGCUGCUGAGGUCGACGCUGGACGCGGCCGCGGCGGAGCAGCCACGGCGGCCCAAGCGCGAGCAGCGGACCCGCGUGGCGCCACCCGCGCCCCGCCUGGUGGCUGCCUUCAGCUCGGGCCAUGUGCUGGCGAGCGACGGCCGCAGCUGCAGCUCGUGCCGAUGUUCGGCGUCCAGCGCGAGCCAGGCCGAGUGGUUCCGCAGCCCCUGCCACGGCCUGAGGCAGGUGACGGCCGUGCUGGCUGCGCUUGGCGGACCGCCCGAGGCCGCGGUCCAGAUAGGCGGUGGAGUGGUGCACUGCACCCACCGCCUAGCGUUGCACAAGCCGCUGGACGUGUGGUUCUGCCGGGGCUGCGGCUUCUUCGCGCCCCCAGGCGGUCGGCAGCUAGGCGAUGGCCUCCGAGGAGCCUGCCCCGCGGCGCCGACUACUGCCAACCCGCGGGGGCGGCCACCAACGGCCACGGGCAAGGUCUACCUGGAUCGCCUGGGCCGUGGCCUGUGGCCCAAAGCGGGCUGCCGCCCAGUCGGGCGCCCCGCGGCGCUGGCUGGCCGAGCGGCCGAUGACGAGACCGAGG